AUGGUGCUUCGGCAGAGCAGUUCCUCACCUCCCCCUGACGGUUAUCUCCCUAGGAUCAACCGGGCAUGCCAAGAAUGCAACAGGAAGAAAGUGAAAUGUGAUAUGGGUCGGCCCAGUUGUGGACUAUGUCGGCGAACAGCUACUAAGUGUACUUUUCGCAUGCGACAGAAGCCAUCCCACAGAAGUGGCAAACCGACUAAAGCUACCGAGGAUCUAUCAUCUUCUAUCACUGCUGCUAUCACCGCCGCUACAUCCCCUCAUAACUCAGUGACCCGCUCUACCGAGGCCACAUCACCUUCAUCUAAUCAGGUGUCGGUACCUUCAAAUCAUGGAUGGAGUGAGGAUAAUGGCUGGCAGACACAGGCAGGUUAUGACUUUACAACAAAUGCCUAUCCACUCACGCCCGGAAUGGAACCCAAUGAUAUGAGCCCCGGUGGCUCAGAUUGGUCACGCCUAGCCCAAACUAAUAACAAAAGGACUCUCAAUCAGGAUUCAGCGCCUUGUCACAUUGAUGUCGAGCAGAAGGACAACGGAUGGCAUAUCCCAACAAAUUUGGCGAAUGAGCUGAUCGAACUAUUUUUUGAAAAUGUUCAUGGCUGGGUUCCUAUUAUCCACCGACCCUCUUUCUACCAAAAAUUCAUGACGUCCGAGCUUGGGACAAAGUCCUUGACUGAGAGCACGAAUUGUACAGAUGAUGCAAUUUUCAUGAUCAACGCAAUAUUUUCUCUUUCAGCUCGAUUUUCCAAAAACCCCAUUCUUUGUAACGAGUCGAACCUCACCAGAGGCAACAGUUUUGCCACUGCAGCCGCCAGCGUCAAAGAAGCGGUCAUGAAGAACAUUGAGACACCAAGCCUUGAUUUUGUCAAAGGAUGCAUUCUCCUAGCAUUCUACCACCUGAAUUCAGGAGAGCUCUCCCUGGGUUCUCCGCUGACUUCAGUGUGCGUUCGAUUUGCCUACGACCUUGGUGUGGACGGAGUAGAUGGAAUUUCGUCAUCGGAUGCUGAUACGUAUCCGGAGGCCUGGAUACAACGAGAAGAGCUUCGUCGGAUCUGGUGGAGCAUUUGGGAACUUGAUACCUUUGUCGCCACACUCUCUCGCCAGCCAUAUGCAAUCGCAAGAGGCCCGAUGGAUGUGUUCCUACCAGUUUCUGACGACGACUGGUUUUCCGGCAUUCCUACCGAGUCUCAGGUACUGGACCAUCGGCUUUCCUCAUUAUGGAGGAGCUUAGAAAAUUCCAAAAACCAGUGCCAUCGCGCUUGGUUUCUCAUCAGCAAUUACCUCAUGUCCUGUGCCGCUCUGGCAGGCCGUCAAACUUCAUAUAAGACUAGUCCCAGCCAAACGGCAGACUUGCAGACUGCGCUAUGCUGCCUCAAACUUGCAAUCCCAACGAACUUCCACCUUCACGAUCUAUACAUGGACAAAAGCAAUUUUGUCAAUGGAAACUGGAUCGUUUCUACGCAUCUGAUGAUCAUUGCAUGUGAAACCAUACUCGCAAGACUAUCAGACCCUAGCAUGGGAGAGCAAGACGUUCAGACCACAGGUAAUCGCAUGCGAUCAUACCUGGUCAACAUCGGACAGGUGUGGUCACCAGAAUACAUACCACGGAGCAACCCGAUCAUGUCCUGCUGUUUAAUUGUCCCUGGGACACUGCGCGCUCUGUCGCCAGACCUAAAUCCCCAGGCUGGUGGGCUAGUCGAACUCAUGCUAACGCAUUACUCAAAAUACUGGAAGCUAGGAACUCGGGGACUUGCGCUCCUGCACGCCAUCAGACAAGGCAAACAUCUAAAACGAGGCGAACUGAGCGCCGCCGACAGAGACAUGAUGAGACGAUUCUCUGUUCUUCUUCCUCUUGAUCCGCCUAAAAAAGAAUUUAUGAAGAGUCCACCGGACACUCGAACAGCUCCGAACAUGCCUGAUCCCAACGCAUUCGCUACUUAUGACGCCGGGAAUCUCCUACUGGCAGAUUUGAUGCCUAAUCUCUACGACCCUAGCCUAUCCCAGAUGCAUUACGAUAUAUGGAGUACCUCAAGUGAUAUCGGACUUCCUGAGCCCCAACAUCAAACAGAUUGGGCUGUAAAUGCUAUGUUGCCCAAUUAA